GGGAAUCGAACCUGUCCCGUAAGGCUAACCCGCGUCCAAACAUAGCGUAAGGCAAGUUAUAGGUAGGGUUGGGGAUUCUGUCAAGAGAAAAAAUGGCUUCUUUUGCAUCCAUCAGGCAGACUAUCUAUGACAGAGAAGCCAGAAAGCAGCAAUACCAAGCUCACAUUCAAGGUCUCAAUGCGUAUGAUCGGCACAAGAAAUUCGUUAGUGAUUAUGCUGUUUUUUAUGGAAGGGACAAACCAAACCGUGAAGUGUUGUCUAUUAAAACUGAUAAUGACACACUUAGAGAAGGAUACCGGUUUAUACGAACUGAGGAGGAUGAUAUGAAUCAUUCUUGGGAGCAAAGGCUAGUGAGACGCUACUAUGACAAGCUUUUUAAGGAAUAUUGCAUAGCUGAUAUGACACAUUACAAGAACGGGAAGAUUGGUCUAAGAUGGAGAACUGAGAAAGAAGUAAUAUCUGGGAAAGGACAGUUUGUAUGUGGAGAUAAAUAUUGCAACCAGAAAGAUGGCCUAGCAAGCUAUGAGGUGAACUUCUCAUAUGUUGAAGCAGGAGAAAACAAACAGGCCCUUGUGAAGUUGGUGGCUUGUGAGAGUUGUGCCGAGAAGCUUCUUUAUAAGAGACUGAAAGAGAAGGAACAAAUGAAAGAAGACCAAGGAAGGAAAAGGGAAAGAUGUAGAAAUGACGACCAUGAGAGUCGGAGAGAAUUUAAAAAAGGAUCUAAGACUUCAUCGUCAGUGAAGGACCAUAACAAUGCCAACAAGAAUGACGAUGAUAAUUUUGAUGAAUAUCUUGAGGGAAUGUUUCUGUGAAAUUACGGAAUGUUAUGAUGUGAUGAAAAAGGGUUUUUAUGCUCCAUCAAAUAUCUAUCUUGUAAAUCCAUCAUCCAAAUUUCUACUUGGUAAAGUGCUACAAAGCCUACAAGCUUCAUCACUCUAUUGAGCUUCAUCAAGUCUUGUUUAUUUGACGAAUCUUAAAGCAGAUAAGCUAGACAACAAAAACUUUUAAAACUAACGUGAUGUAUGUUUAUAGAAAGAUAUUUUCCUUCAAAUGAUGUUUCAUGGCUUUUCUUGUGUUUGGUCGAAAAGGGAGAAAUUCAUUCCUGAAGUGAAGGGCGCAAUAAUUUUGUAUUUUUAUGAGAUGUUCUCUUCUUGAACCA